CAUUCUUUAUGUGAGCAACAUUCAUGGCGCGUAUAAAUCCGAUUGUAUUCAUUCCACCAGUGGUGCUUUUGCUGGCCAUUACUGGAAUCCUCAUCUACCGUUAUCUCGACAACAUUCAAGAUACAUAUCAUAGGGCUCUCUAUCGAUUGCGAGGCGAUCAAUAUCUUGACGGUGCCGAAGGAGAGGAAUUUCUACACGAGGAAGACUAUGAGGUUGAUGAUGAUAGCAACGCGGAAGAAGAUAAUCAAUCUCAGGCGGAACCUCAGGGAUCAACAACAUCAGCUAGAUUAAGGAUGCACCAUGAAAUGGUGCAGCAGAUGCGGGCUCGUGCAGGGUUCGCUCCUGAGCCAUUUCCUGGAGAUGAGCAACAAGGAGGGACAGGGAGAGCUGAGGAAGAAGAUGCCGACGAUGAUGGAGAAGAAGGAGUUGAGGAUGAGGGCGGUGCUGGGCCCUCGACUGGCGCUGUGGCAGGGGGACGAAUGAAGAAGAUUGGAAAGAAAAAGGCCGAGAAAUUGCAGCGCAAGGAGCAAAUGCGUGCCUAUCGCGAGUUUAUGGACAUGCAACGUGAGGAACGUCGUCAACAGGAAGAGAUGUUUAAAAUACAAGAAGAAAUGAUGCAAGAAGAACGACGACGAAAGCGCCGUGAGCAGGUCGAGAAAGAUAGGAGGCGGAAAGAACAGCUCAAGGAAAAAGAAGCCAAGGAAAGAGACUUGAGAAUGAAACGCUUAAAAUCAGAAAAGAUUAAGGAUGAGAAAGUUCGGCGGGAACUUCGAGCAUAUAUACAGGUGAUGAGGAUUUAUGAAUAUAACGGAUUUUUUUAUCAUUGAAAUCUACCAACUCAUUUGUUUUAUUGUUAUCUAUCUGCUUUCCUUGUAGCGAGUCAAAUCGUUUCGGCUGUCGACGCUCGCAAAGCGGCUAGGCAGGACCGAGGCUCAGUUGCUCAAGGAUUUAGCGGUAGUAGCUCAGGAAGAUGAGCUGAGGGCUGUUAGUUAUAAUAGUAGUAGCAGCAGCAGUAGCGCAGCAGACGGGACCUCAGGGCCUCAAAUCAUCCUGGCACCUAAUUUAACAACAUCAAUUUCGCUGGCGAAUACUGGCAUAAGCAUAAGUCCAAGCACAUCGCCAAUGCUAGCACAGGCUUCUACAAGCACAUUUCUUCCAAAACUAAAGCGGCUAUUAAUUGUGUAUGAUGGCGAAUCAGAGCAAUAUGUCGUUCUUAAUGAGAGUCAGCUGAAUGCCUUUGCAGAAGUAGUACGGCAAAAGGGUCGUGUUGAUCAACAAGAGCUGCACAAAAUGAGCGAGGAUAUUCUUGCCGUUGCCAC